GAAAAAAUGGUAUGCUAUAUUCAUAUUUAUCCACAGUAGGAACAAUUAAAAAAAAGUUUACCAAAAACAAAAUCUUCAUCAGAUGGUCUCGUAAAUUAUAUCUGGGGUUUUUAUGUCUUUGUUAACAAAAUAGCUAUAUUUUAUAUAGGGCCGUCUUGCACGUACAAGGAGUAAAGGAUUGAUCCAAGGGCCGAACCCUGAGGGGCACCGGCUUUGAUGGGCUGUGUUGCAGACAGAACGUUGUCAAUUUUGAUCAUGGCAGAUUGUCAUCUAGGGUCUAAAUACUUGGAACUGUCCUUCAAUUGUGUCACUUAUGCAAGAACCACUUUUACUGUAGGCCAUAGAUUUAUUUAAGUUGAAAUGAAAUAUCAACCUCGUGUCGCGUUUUCUUAUAUGUUCAUCUCUUCUAUCGGCAAGCAUUCCUAAGCAUCCUCAAACAUGUGAUACCGCUGGCGCGAAGUUUGAUAGUGAGGCAUGGAGAGAAUCCUAUCUUGGAUAUGUGUCUGGAGAAAAAAAGGUUUCGGAAGAAGACUAUCUGAUGUAUCCAUUGCAAGUAGAUUCAGUCAGUAUAGUACUUGCAGUACUGGUAGUGUCGGUUCUAGGGGUAGUAAUAUAUCUAUAUCCAGUCUUCAGAAGUUCAGGAAAGAAGUUAUCCGAGAUCAUCACAGGACAGACCUCGAUGACUUAUGUAGAAAAUUUGGAACCAGUAAACAAACAGGCCUGACACCGGAGCAGGCAGCUACGAUAUUGCAUAAAGUUGGACCAAAUACUCUAACACCAUCCCAUAAGGAUCCAGAGAUUCUAAAAUUCAUCAAGACUUUAACAGGAGGAUUCUCAGUACUACUAUGGAUAGGUGCGGGACUCUGUUUCACAGCAUUUUUGAUAACAAAACUAUCGACCCAGGAAACAGAUACAGACAACUUGAUUCUGGGCAUUGUACUUAUGGUUGUAGUUAUAGUCACCGGUGGUUUUAUGUAUUUCCAAGAACACAAAAGUCAAAAGAUAAUGGAGUCAUUUGCGAAUAUGGUCCCUCCCAAAGCAACAGUGAUACGAGGAGGCGAAGUAAUAUCUAUAGUAUCGAAAGAUGUAGUACCAGGAGAUUUAGUGGACCUGAAGUUUGGUGAUAGGAUACCAGCAGAUAUACGAAUCACACAGAGUAACGGUUUCAAGGUAGAUAAUUCAGCGCUGACUGGAGAAUCCGAGCCCCAAUUCAGAGGUCCAGAAUGUACCAGUGAUGAUAUAUUGGAAACAAAAAAUUUUGCCUUCUUCUCCACUAACGCAGUUGAAGGCACAGCCAAAGGAAUAGUAUGCGAGACAGGCGAUCGAACUGUAAUGGGGCGGAUAGCAGGACUGACAGCUCGUUUGCAACCAAACCCAACACCCAUCGCUAAGGAACUGAAUUAUUUCAUGAAAAUAAUUAGCGUAUGGGCUAUUUUUCUGGGACUAGUAUUCGGUUCUGCCGCACUUGGAAUGAACUACACCUGGAUCGAGUCAUGUCUCUUCUUGAUAGGGAUCAUUGUGGCAAACGUACCUGAGGGUCUUCUCGCCACGGUGACAGUUUGCUUGUCGGUGACAGCCAAACGAAUGGCUGCAAAAAACUGCUUAGUGAAGAACUUGGAGGCUGUGGAAACAUUGGGCUCGACAUCAGUCAUUUGUUCUGACAAGACUGGUACUCUUACUCAGAACAAGAUGACUGUAUCUCACUUCUGGGCGGAUGCCAAUAUUACAGAGGCUGAUCAAACUUCUCAACAGGAAAACGCGAUGAAGUAUAUUAAGUCAGAAGGUUUUAGAACCCUCAUGCGUUGUGCGACGUUAUGCAACAGGGCAGAAUUCGUACAAGGCGAAGAAAACAAACCCGUUCAAAAUCGAAUGGUAAGAGGUGACGCUUCCGAAGAAGCAAUAUUAAAAUUUGUGGAACUGAGUAAAGUGUAUGGUCCUUCGACACCCUACAGAGAAGCACAUCCCAAAUUGCUCGAAAUUCCUUUCAGCUCUGUGACCAAAUACCAAAUCAGUAUCCAUGCCGUAGAAGACAAUAGAUGUUUGAUGGUGAUGAAAGGUGCCCCAGAGAGGAUUCUAGCCAGGUGCUCACAAAUAUUGACAGCAAAAGGUACAGAACCAAUGACGGACAAUCAGAGGCUGAUCUGCGAUAAGGCAAUGACACAGCUAGCUGAAAAGGGCGAACGUGUAUUGGGCUUUGCGGAUCUCCUGUUAGAGCCAAGCUAUACACCAAAAUUUCAAUUUGUAGCAGAGCCCCCCAACUACCCAAAGAAGGAUUUACGAUUUGUUGGUUUUAUGUCAUUGGUCGACCCGCCAAGGCCUCAAGUGCCGGAUGCCGUGGAAAAGUGCAGAAAUGCCGGUAUCAAGGUUUUCAUGGUCACAGGUGACCACCCGAUCACAGCUAAAGCUAUAGCCAAGACAGUAGGUAUAAUCCGCUCUGACCAAGUGAUAGAAGCAUUCAACAUCAACGUUCUGGAAACACUUCCAAGGAACAUCAAAAACAAGGCUAUCGUGAUACAUGGCACAGCAUUAAGAGAUGCUAGUCAGCUGGAGUUAGACAACAUUUUGUACAAUUUCAAAGAAAUCGUCUUUGCUAGGACCUCACCGACACAGAAACUACAGAUUGUUGAAGGAUGCCAAAGACUUGGAGAAAUUGUUGCAGUGACAGGAGAUGGUGUAAACGAUGCCCCUGCUUUAAAGAAGGCCGAUAUCGGCAUUGCGAUGGGCAUAUCUGGCUCCGAAGUUUCACAGCAGUCUGCCGACAUGAUCCUGCUGGAUGACAACUUUGCAUCGAUCAUUGUUGGUGUCGAGGAAGGCAGGAAGAUAUUCGACAAUCUGAAAAAAUCUAUCGCCUACACUUUAGCCUCAAACGUGCCAGAAAUACUGCCCUUUUUGGCCUUUGUGAUCUUAAACAUUCCAUUGCCUUUAGGUGUGAUGGCGAUCUUGUGUAUCGAUCUCCUAACGGACAUGUUGCCAGCCAUCAGCUUAGCCUACGAAAAAGCGGAAAGUGACAUAAUGAGCCGCCCUCCAAGAAAUCCUAAAAAAGAUAAGCUAGUCACCAGAAAGUUGUACUUUUUCGCCUAUGGGCACAUAGGAAUGAUUGAGGCUUUGGCUGGAUUCUUCACGUACUUCGCUAUCAUGGCAGAAAACGGCUUCUAUCCCAGAAUGCUAUUUGGACUUCGUCACGAAUGGGAAUCAGAAUCGGUGAACGAUUUGAUGGACUCGUAUGGCCAAGAAUGGACUUACGUCAAUAGGAAAGAACUGGAAUAUACAUGCUAUACAGCUUUCAUGAUCUCAGUCGUCGUUACACAAUGGGCUGAUUUGCUCAUUUGUAAAACCCGGAUCAAUUCGUUCUUCACUCAAGGAAUGGGUAACAUGGUCCUGAACGUCAGUUUGAUAGUGGAAACGGCCACAGCAUGUAUGCUGUCUUACAUACCAGGAAUGAGCUACUUAAAGUUUUAUCCAGUUAGGUUUAGAUGGUGGUGUUACUCCUUACCGUUUUCCGUGUUCAUAUUCUGCUUUGAUGAGUUCAGAAAAUGGCGUAUGCGCAAGUAUCCAAACGGCUGGUACAGACGAGAAACCUACUAUUAAGUGUGAUGUAUAUAGUAUAAUUUAUGUAUGUAGGUAUAAUAGCGGUAGUGUAUGCACAUGACGAAAUACAUUAAGCAUAGUGCCCCAAUGAAAUUCGGAACUACCUUCAUGUGGAAAUUAUACAUACCUACCUAUAUAGUAUAGUAUACAAAUUCAUUCGGCCAACCCUACGUCCUAGGUUGAAGUCUAGUAUCGUUCUUUAGAUUAGAUAAUAAGAUUGAAAGUUUUGACUUUGAAGUUGCUAUAAAUUUAUUUAAUAUUUUCUGCAUCUGCAUCACCAUUCAUAUUUUUUCUUGCUAAUACUAUCCUCAAAAUAUUCGUAUAAGAACGAAAAAACUUGCUAAAACAAAAGGUAUAGCGAUAUUUAUUGCUAUCUCGCAGCCGCUAGAAGAUACUAAGCCGGUAAAAUAGAGAAUAAGAGUUGCCCAGCCACGUAACACGUAACUAAGAAAAUGGCACUUAGAAAGCCUCUCAAUUCCAAGUAUUUCCGGAGAUGGGUGAAUGAAAACAUAUUUUCCUAAAAUCCUUUUUUAUUUUUUGUGGCUUUAUAUUUGUAGCUCUCAGUUGUGUUCAUGUCUUCGACAUAAAACAUGGCAGUAUCUGAAGAUACUACUACAAUGUCGACAGUUUGUAUUGACAAGUAUUUUCAGAAAGUGGGUGAAAACAACGGUGCUCUAUUAUCCAGUUGCGUGUGCGUACAAGAGCGAGUAUCAGCGGCAUUAGGGAUCGGCCUGUGCAGUGUGCAAUUUCCCUGAGGGAAGUUAAGCUAAGCACAUGGUACUCAGUAGUCAAUUUGUUUGCUUGUUUCGUAUGGAAUUGUAACACAACCGCCAUAGACCGUGACAAGAACCAUAUCUAAUUUAUCUCUGUCUAUUAUACGAGAUUUUCCACAGGCGAGUCAAAAGCUUUCGGAUUUUGUUGGGAUGCUUAGUUAUAUUUUACGACAAACAAAAAAGUAGGAUGGAGUAGGUCACAUUUAUGAUAUCAAUCAAUAUGUCGCGCUGUUUUAAAUUUCUUACUGAAACCACAAUAAUAUCCACAUGGUAUCAGAAGCCAUACGUACUUCUUCGGAAUUGUUACAUUUUACUGGAACCAUUAUUAUACACGAUUACCGAACAGGAAGAGAGCAGCCGAUUUUGUCAACUCAAACAGAUGCCGCGUAAGCAAGGUCGUGUGAUAAAUCAUAUUUAAUUGCUAUAACCCUGUCCGCAGCACACCGUGUAUUUAAUAUAGUCAAUCAACUGCUCCGUUUUAUAACAGUGCUUUUCAAUAAGGUCCACACUACUUUAUUUUUUGCACAGGCGUAGAUAGCGAUAUAAUGAAAUUGAUGUUCCUAUAUGUAUAUUUGGCGUGAAAAUUUCAGGAUUGUGGAUGGGCGCCACCUUGAAACAUUUUUUAAAAUAGACUGUUAGGUCAUGCGAUUCAUCAUUUUGAUGCUGCUUGUUAGUACUUUAUAACCCUGGAGUAUAAAUUUGCUUCUCUUUGAAAAUGACAGACUGGCUGACUGCUAAAGUUAAGCGUUCUCGUACAUUGAAGCUCUUAACUACCGAUCAUCAAAACGUCAUAGAAUAUUACAUAAAUAUUCAUUUGGAAGGGUCUAUCUGAGAUUAAAUAUGCUAUAAGAAUGACAGAUUUUUGACAAUUUUUGUAAGCAGAAUGAUCCAUAUUUUAUUGCCUAUUCCUAUAGAUUCUUCUUAGAAAAUAUUAUUGCUAUAACAUACUUCGAGUAUAGGAAUUUGAUGUUAGGUUGUUGAGUUAUAAGAGAUUGAGUGUACAAAACCACUCAAAUUAGAUGACUUCCCGGUCCGCCAUUUUAAAAGAUAAUGAUUUUAUAUCCUAGUAUUAUAAAAAGCUUCAAAAUGAAAUAUCACGAGAUCCCCAUUCCAUUUUAAAAAUUUGCCAAGAUGGCGGUAGGACGGAUGAAAUUUUCAUGCAAAUGUCAGAACCCCGAAUUCCUGUUUGCUAACUUGACUCGUUAAAAAAUGGAGGGAGGCUUUUUUUAAAAGCGCUGUAUAUGUUAUAUUAUAAAAGCUCAUGAAAGAUGACAAAGUAGUGGAAACCAGUAAAAAAACAGAAAGCCUACUGUUAAUGUUAUUAUAAAUGCUAUAAUAUUAGUUUCUGUAAUGUCGUCAUAUUCGACAACGCUUAACAUUGUGAAAAUGUUUAACAAAUCGCUGCUUCUCAAGAAUAGUGACACUAUUCAAAAAAAUCUUUUUUUCAGAAGAAGCAUUUUUAGUAUUUUUUGAAGAAAAAUUUCAGAUAACUGAAGAUUAAGUUAAUAAUUUGGAUUUAGAAAAAUUAUAAAUUAAAUAAGGUUCAUUGAACUUUCAGAUUCAUUGAAUAAAAGGUCAGUAUGUUUUCAAAAAUAUCCCAUUUUAUUACUUUCUGCAACUUUACAGGACUGUGUUUUCCUAAAAAAAUAAUGCAUUUCUAAAAAAUAUAUGAUAAAUAAUUCGUGGUUAAAGAGGGAACAUUUAUGUUAGUAUUACUACUAAUGAUACACAACUUACAACAUUUUAAAGGCUAAGUGGAACUAAAAAAUCAAAGGUGAGUACAGUAAAAAACAAGUACAAUACAAAAAUUGGUUACAAAUUAUUGUGAAAUCCCUCAUAGUAUGAGGGUAUUAUAUUUUUUUUAAAUUUAAAUUUAAAUUAAGUAAGGCGCUUUUCUUUUUCCUGGAAACGGGAAUCUUACGUUUGUAUGCUUUAUUCAGAGGACCCCAUUUUGUUGCUUCGUUAUUCUUAGAUCUAUAAGAUUUUUUAUCAAUCUCAACUUUACGAAAAUCAGUCCCACGGUAUGAGUUUUUGCAGAAAAAUGUUCCAGAAUGUUGAGAUCUACCCUCAUCAUUUUAACAUCGGAUAGUUUGAAUGACUCAUUUUCCGAAUUUUUAUAUUGUAGGAAGAUAGUCACAAUGCACUUGAUGUCACUGUCCCUUAUUAACAAUCAGCGUACUUUGCUCUAAUAAGACGUAAGUCUUGAGAAAAAAUGUAAGUAUACAAUUUGAAAGUCGAGCCGCAACUGCAAUAUGACAUUAUUUGUGACAGAACCCCAAAACAUUCGAACGAACAACCCUAGCGCCAUCUCUGGCGAAUACUUUGAAACAAUUGCAAAUGUCUUUAUUCCUGAUAAAAUAGACAACAUUUGGAGUGGAUCUGCAAUUUUAACUAAUUUUUCUCGUUUUUUGGAUAGUGUCACUAUUCUUGAGAAGCAGCGUAAUCAUGUAGUUUUAUUGAAGAACAUUCGGUAUUACUACUAUCGCAGUAAGCAAUAGUACGGCCAGUUGUCGAAUUUUAUGUUAAUGGAUCCGUUUAUUUCAUAAAUGGGACAGUACUAGGUAUAUAUAACCUGCAAACAUUUAGAAUAAGUCUUGGCAACAAUUUAUAGUUCUCAUUUAGCUAUAUUUUAAGAGCAGUACUUAGGAGCAAACACAUAGUGAAACCUUUAUGACUAAAUGCUAAUAAACACUUUUUAUUAUUAUUAAGUUAAUAUGUUGGUUAUUUUGUUCAAAAUCUUCAUCUGAAUUACAUAUUCCGAUAAAAGUCAAUUUUAGAGUUCAUAUUACGUCAUUCAUUUAUUAACAAAAUGUGUUUUAAGUAUGUUAAAGUAGUAUACCCUUUUGGCAUGGGAUGGGCAAACAAUAAUACUGAUGAAAUCUUGUAUUGUAAUUUAAAUGUAUAAUUAGAAGCUUUUAAAAUAUGUACCAUUCUCGGUCAGAUACAUUUCAAUAUUUUCUUCAAAUGUUUUAUUUUUAAAACAGUGUGUUAUUAUUAUUAAAAUAUAUACUUGUUA